CAAGGCUUGUAAAGCUGUGGGUAGGAGUGGUGGGUAAUUGAGUCAUCUCUUUAUAAUUCAUGGCCCUAAUUAUACACAACAUUUCUGAUUAACAAGUCAUUAAAAAAAAAGUAGGAACUAGCAGAGAGAGAGAGAGAGAGUUGGGUUUUAGGGAUAGGUAACUAGAUAGAUAGAUUUUUGAUGUUACUGUUACAUUAGUGUUGUGCGGAGCUGUGAUGACAAAAUAUCUUCAAUCUCCUUUCUGACCAAACUCUGCCACCCUUUUCAGAAGCAUCAAACUAGGUCUCAUAGGCCAAAUUAGGAUUUUGCUCUUCUAUUUACUGCUGCCUAAUUGUUCUCUCUACCUUCUUCCUUCCAUCUGUAGUAAAGGGCAAAACUUAUUUUGUGACUUCUCUCAAUUCUUUCAAAUUUUCAGUUUCAAUAUCUUUGGACUUCAAUUUUCAUCUUUUCUAGGGAGUAUUUGCCCAUGUUCUGCUUAAUCUUGUUUUGUUUUGCUUGCAAAGUCUUGAGCUUGCUUAGAGAGAAACUCACCCCAUUCUAGUCUAUUUUUCCUCUGACAUCUUACUCUCUCUAGAGAUAGAGAUAGAUGAGUUGGUGAUUUAUUUACUAGAAAACUCCAAAUCAAGUUUUUUGGGUAGGAUUGUUUUCCUUGUGUUGUGUGGAAUUUGGAUUUAGUGGUGUUCUUGGGGCAUGGUAUCUGAGGAGUGCAAUGGCAGGAGCUUUCGGGAUCUGCAGCAAUAGCAGGAGUAUCGGCUUUAUGAUCUGUGGCAGCAGGAGGCAACAACAACACGAGAAGAAUCAAGAUUGAAAGGAAGCAAAGCAAGGAGUUUUGAGUGUCCCAGAAAACUUUUGAGAAAUCAAGAUUUUUAGGAGAGCAAAAUCUGAAGAUUAGGAAUCUGGAUUUCCAGAGAAAUCAGCAGCAUCCACAGAAUCCUAUCCUCCAAAUCAUACAACCAAGACCAGAAGAAACAGGAGAGAAAAGCUUAGGCACACAAAGCCUUUCCCAACAUCCUCAACUUCUCCAAAACCAACAACAAUAUGGGGAAGCUAUAAAUUCCAAUCAACCAGAAGCAGUCCCUAGCACAGAAUCAUUGGAUUAUGCAAAACAUAGACAAAGAAUGGGAAUGAAGAGCACUGCAGGAGAAAUUAUUCAGGUCCAAGGUGGCCACAUUGUUCGAUCCACAGGGCGUAAAGAUCGACACAGCAAGGUUUACACAGCCAAAGGUCCUAGGGACCGCAGGGUCAGGUUAUCGGCUCAUACUGCAAUACAAUUUUAUGAUGUUCAAGACCGGCUAGGCUAUGAUCGACCCAGCAAAGCUGUUGAUUGGCUUAUCAAGAAGGCAAAGUCUUCAAUUGACAAGCUUGCUGAGCUACCGCCAUGGCAACCAACUGCUAACAAUGCUAAUGCAAACUUGGAGGCAAACCAGAAUGCUGGAUCUAGUGAAAUGACAAUUGCAGAGGAACCAGAAUCAUCUGGCUAUACUUUUCAGCUCCAUAGGCAAUUGACUGAUCAUAAUCCAAGCAAUGAUUCAUCUUUCCUUGCACCAACUAUAGACCCUGAUGCCAUGAAAUCUUUCUUCCCAACAAGCUCCACAAACUCAUCAAUGAACUUCCAAAGCUAUCCUACUGUAAUUUCAAGAACCACAAACCACACUGAAGAUCUUGGCCUAUCCCUUCACUCUUUCCAAGAUCAAGGUCUACUUCAUGGGCAGUCACAGGCAGACACAACCCAUACUCCUUCAACUGAUGAUCAGACUCUUUUUGAAGGAUCAGCUACAGUAGGGUUUGAUGUUAAUUUUCACAGAAUGUUGGCUUGGAGCAAUGAUACAAAUGCGGAGAAUAGAGUUGCCGGGGGAUUUACAUUUAACCCCCCACCUUUGACACCACACCAAGCAAUGCUAGCCCAAGCCUCAGCAUUUUCCCAGAGGGGGCCCCUUCAGUCCAGUUUUCCGCAUUCCAUUCGUUCAUGGAAUGAUCUUCAUAUGGCAUCCACAGACCAUCAUAGAACACAGGAAUUUCAUCAAUCUUCGAUUUUUGGCAGCAGGUUUGUAUCUGAUGGAUUGUCAGGUUUUAGCAUUCCAGCCCGAAUUCAUGGCGGGGAUGAGCAAAAUGUUGUAUCAGAUAGACCAUCCUCUUCUUCUCCAAAUUCUCAGAAUUGAAGAUAGAGCUGAACAUGCUGCUGCUCAAGCAUGUUCAAGGUUACUACUAUGGAAUCAACCAGGGAGAAUGAUGGUCAAACAGAAAAAGAAAGGAGCAGAGAUUCCAGUGAUUUCAGUUGAAUGCUUUGGCCUAUGAGAAGAAAACAUCUGGUUGGAUUCAACAUUUUUUUUCUCCAAAUAUGUUUGAUAGAUUCUCCAGGCAUUUUAUAUUAAAGCUUAUUUAUUUAUUAAGUGGGCUCUUUCGGCUCAACUCUAAUACUAUGUUGACUGUCACCUGAUCUUGAUUUGCUGCUAGACUUGGAUUCUUGAAUUAUCACUGUUGCUGUUUUAUGUUA